AUUAUACGUAGUUAUGUAUAUCAGUAGUUAAUUUUCAGUUUCAUUAACUUAGCUGUCAAACUAUUAAAAAUUAUUAACAAUGACAACACAAGGGUCUUUACGCACUGAUAUUAUGCUAGAACAAGAUAAUGCUUUAAACAGUUUCAGCGCCAUUAAUUAAAAACAACCCAAUUACAACACAUAUUAUCAAAUUGUCAUAUUAUUUAACGCAAAAUGUUUUAAACGGACAUACUGAAUCGUGUUAUGGAAUAAGACUGUAAUAGGAACAAGGCUGAUCGAGUGCUUAAUAAUUCAUACUGAACGAGCACAAUUUUAACCACCGCCUAUGGUUAGCUUUGAUAAUGACGAUUGCCCAUAUUGAACUGUUAAUUGCGUUCAACCGUUUCAUAUUCAUUCAAACUACACUCUAAAUCGUAAUUUCACAUUUUAUUGCCAUCCAAAUUAGCUGCUGCACGUUUCAAUAGCGCUAGCCGCAUUCAUGAACGAUGUAAAACUUUGCAACGUUACGCUGCAUGCAUUACUUUCCUUUAAGCCGGCAUAUCUGAUGAUCGUGAUGAGUCAGUCGAUUCAAUAUUCACUCACUUACAAGGCACUACAGUCUUAAUCGGUCGACUACCGAAGUGUCGAAACCCGAUUACGGAUGAACGCCUUCGCCUAACAAAAAUUUAUAUCUGUUCUUCACGAAGGAUAUAGCAUAUAUAGCAAUAUCAAAUAGAGCAAUACUAUGAAUUCUCAUCUAAAAGAUGUCCUAGUAGGACCUACAAUCCAAGUCAUCAGUAGUCACAUACUCAUAGGUAUUAGGAUAAUAAAGUAACCAGAGCUCCAAAAUUUGCUUAAAUCUUUACGAUCAAAUCCCCUUUACAAAACCAUCAUGCAAAAGACAACCGCAUCUGUAAAUCGAAGGUUAUCAAUAUCCUUUAAAAAGUGGGUAUUUCAUGGCAUGGCAUUGUUUCGACACUUUUGGAAAUUAUGUAACCAUCCCAUGCUCCACUACUACAUAUCUGAUAUUUGUACCAUACGAACAUAUACAUUCUACACACAUCCGGAUCACAUCAAGAAUUUGAAGCACUUUUUGAUUUUCAUAAAUUGUGCCUUACUUUUUUUUACAUUUAUUUUGUGAAUAACAAGAAUUUUUCAACUAUAUUUUGUUUAAUUUUUAUUUUAUUUUUUACUAAUUUGACAGCGGCAGAUUAUUGUUCUUGGUGAUACACAUUUACGUAAACAGUUUUUUUACUUCAAACCGUACAAUGUGUCUAACCAACUCCGUCAACGGACAGUAGAUAUGCACAUGAGUCGACUCAUUUGUUUUCAAUUUUGAACAAAAACGAAAGUAGAAAUCAAUCAUGAUCAUCGAUACAAAAUCCUCUAAUAACGGCCUUGAGGCGCCAUUUCUUUUUCGUCGCAAUAUUGUUGACAUGCCUGGAGAAACAGGCAAACGGAGAGAGGACAAGGAACAUAGGUCUGCGCCACUGACGCGAGUAUAAGUAAUUUUUCACCCCCAUGUAGUGGUGGUCAGUGCUCCUGAUUCCGUACUUGGUCGCCAUACACGACCAUGGCGUCUGAACUGGUCCUGAGUAGUUGUCUGGAUCAGUGUGUUUCGAGCGUUGACGACGCCCCGGUGAUAUAAUAUGUGUCCGGAGCAAAAAAAAUCGCGAAUCGAUUACGCAAACGCCGAGUAGGAAUCUCUACGUGUGAGUGCGCGGGAACAACCUUGUUCCGAUACCGGUACUUUAGCAAAGCUUCGAGAAGCAAAUACAUAAAGCAAAUGGAACUACUGCAUGGAAAUGGAAAGAAAGGUGGAAAUAUUGAAGCUGACACAGUUCAGCUAGUUUCACAGUGUAAGAGUCUGGGCCACGGAGAAGCGCACCGUCAUCUCACGGAUGAGAAUUGAGAGGCCUCGUGACGAUGAUCAUGUGCGAGUCGUGUGUGAACCUAUUACUUCAAGAUACCGGUUAGUUUAGUGAAACUGAAAGUAAACUAUUAUGUGUUGGAAGAAAUGCACUACUUCUUCAUUAAACAGGAUUAUAGUGGGGGUUUCUUUUAAAAAAUAAAUUAAAAAUUUUUUCAUAAAUACUUUUUACACGUGUUUUUUCAAGUAAAAUAUUUUUUAAAAAAUUUUAUAAUAUUUUUAUGUAGUUUUUGACCUUUUUCCAUGUUUCUAAAAUAGUUCGACUUUUAGCUUUCAUCGUAAAUAUACACAAUUAAUAUGAACUAAAGUUACAUUCUUACAAAUAAACAAAUUGUAUUCUUUUUACUUCAAACGAAUAUUCUGAUUCAAAGUUUUCGCAUUCUUUCAUUUUGUUUGCAAUUCUCCUUCUGGACGAACGGUACACGUCGGCGCUUGUCGCGUGUCUACAUGUGUUUCCGGUACACUAUGCAGAGUGCAGAACAGGCGAUGUAAAAAUACUACACAUAACUUUGUUUUGCCGCCCUACCACCGACGCUAUACAAGCUAUCUCUAGUCUAUCCGCAGUAUAGUGCAUGGUCGGAGAACGAAAGCUCUUUCUCCAGCGUAUGAUCCAAUGUCGCCUCGCUUGGGCGAGCGGGUGCGCGCCAAAAUGACUCAAUCCCUACCCCAAAACCAUAAGGUUGAGAUCACUCCGGGUGAGACUACCGGUAAUACUGUUUUUCCCCAUUUCUCCCACGACGCUUCACUGAUUUCCGGAGGGGCGACCGAUUGUUUAUAUAUAUUAAACGAUCUGGCGGAUGUAAACAAUUGUCAGUCAGUUUCGGACGGCUCCUUGGAGAGGACUUGCACCGCACCGAUCUUCUGCUUCGGGAAGGAUGAAAUCCCGAUGGAAUACAGUGGUUACUAUCCUGCUGAUAGUUCCGCUGCAGACGUUUCUAAUCGACGCGAAAGCUGUUAUCGAUCAAAAAGCAGAAGAAACCCUAAACAUUAACAUACCAGAACAAGUGCAGAAACGUAUCGGUUAUGACUACCCAGCACCUGCUGCACCUAUAACGUUUGAUGACCAUCAGCACCAUGUAGCGGAACCUCUGCCGCUGUUGCAGCAUGAAACAUUACUCGAACAUAAUCAUGAUCACGAAGAACAUCACCAUUUCGACGAUCACCAUCAUCACGAAGAACACCAUGACCCUGGGUAUUGGAAAAAGAAACUAAUUUGGAAGGAAGGUUGGAAAAAGAUAUGGAAACCAGGCAAAAAACAAAUUUGGAAACCAGAUUGGAAAAAGAUAUGGAAACCAAUCUGGGUACCGACAGAAAUACCAGUCUGGAAGGAUAUUCAGAUUCCGGCAUGGAAGCAAAUCUGGAAGCCUGUGUGGAAUGAAAUUCAGGUCCCCGCAUGGAAAGAAAUACAGGUGCCUGAUUGGAAAAAAAUUUGGAAACCAAUCUGGGUACCGAUAAAGGUUCCAGCAUGGAAGGAAAUACAGGUACCAGCAUGGAAACAGAUUUGGAAACCAGUGUGGAAAGAAAUACAGGUACCCGAUUGGAAAGAAGUGCAAGUUCCCGCGUGGAAGCAAUACUGGUAUCCGGAAUGGAUCAAAAUAGGCGUCCCCGGUGAAAAGUACCUCGGUAAAGAUCAUGAUGGUUGGGAAUAUACUAGCCAUGAUCUAUGGAAGAAAAAGCUUGUGUGGAAAUCGGGAUGGAAGAAAAUUUGGAAAACUGAACAGAAACAAAUCUGGCGCACAGAUAAAAAAUUAGAAUGGAAAUCGGCCUGGAAACAGAUUUGGCACCCGGCCAAGAAACAGGUAUGGGUAGAGGAUAAAAAGCUCGGCUGGAAGGAAGCUUGGAAACAGAUAUGGCGCACGGAGAAGAAACAAAUCUGGGUACCGGAGAAAAAACUCGCUUGGAAGGCGGCUUGGGUACAGAUUUGGAAGCCAAGUAAAAAGCUAGUCUGGGUGCCGGACAAGAAGCUCGAAUGGAAGGAAGCUUGGAAACAAAUAUGGGUACCAGACUGGAAGGAAAUUUGGCUACCCGCCUGGAAGAAGAUCUGGAAACCGGUGUGGAUAUCCGAGUGGUUCCCCUCACCCGAUCACCAUGAUCAUCAUCAUCACGAAGAAAUUGAACACGGUUGGGAUCGGAAGGAUGGCACGAACUCAAAGUUGUUGUUCAAACGCAGUGAAGCAGAAACCGCCCAACCGAAGGCUGUUGAAGGUCAACUUCCGGAAGUGUCUGCAAACAUUACCCCAGCGGUGGUUAAAACAGAUAACACAGAAAACAAAUCAGACUUUCGGUUUCCUGCCUAAACAGCCAAUCAACCGCAACAAAACACUGUUAGGCUAUUGAAACACAAAGUCAAUUAAUUAGUAGAUUAGAUAUUAUUGUAUGCUGUUGAAUAUUUAAUUGUUUAAUGCAAUAUCUUUUAGCGAAAGACGAUGAUCAAGUUCCCUUCAUCAAUAUCCAAAAUGUCGUUGCUUUUGAUUGUUAUCGUUACUGCCAUUUUAGUUAACAUAUUUGGAACAUAUAAAAAUAUCACUCAUGUUGUCGGGAUGCCGGGGUCGACAUGAUUGUUUCGAGUACCCGAAUUAUUUUAAUAGAAAAUAACAUACGUUAUCACAAAUUUUCUGUAUUCUUUGUUUUGUCUUUCUCAUUCAUCAUACACAAAAUAUCACCCACCCACAAGGGUUUCCGCAAGCUACAAAAGUUAUCAAUCCAAUAGUGGAAAGUGGUAUGUAUAUCCACUUUGUGCUCCUGGUUGCUCACCAACGAUCACAUUUGAACACUGUCAACUGCCAAUAAGUUGUACUAGAACUACUAACAGACAGUUUCACACUAUAAAAAGGGAAAAUUUCUUUUUACGUCUUGUCAACCGUUACCA